GUAGAAAACACGCUUUAUGAAAUCGACAAGAUGGCUACGAAAUAGUAGAAGUUUAUGGUCGAAAAAGUAGAUGAUUUUUAAAGAUCGAAGUGAGAUAAAGGUUUGUGGGUUUGAUACGCAUUUUCUUUGAAAGCUAUAGAAUGUUUUUAGUUGAAGAAAUUACUGUAGUGUAUGAAAUAAAAUGAUACAAAUUGCCUGUUGACGAAGGCAGUUUUGUAAGUGAUUUUGCUGUGUUUUGUUUUUCAUUUUGUUUUUUUCUUGGAUUUAAAUUGUGGAAUUCUACAUGUAUUGUAAAUGCUAAGAAUAAAGCAGAGUAUUCCCUUGAGGAUACCUUUCUCGAUCAAAGACAAAGGCUUCGUGCGAAUUUAAAUAUUAAGUGCACAUCAGCUUGCGAAAUUGCAGAUCGUCGAGAUCGACAGCUUGCAAAAAUUAGUGCAGUAUGUGAUACAAAUAUGCAGCUGAGCAAAUCGAUGAAAGGAUGUGCAACACGCUUCAUCAAACAAUGACAAUUUAGCGCAACGAUUUGAGAUUAUUCCCAUGUUAAGCAUGUGGAGUGAGUUUUAUGAAAGAUCUCGCAAAGCAAAGACCUUAGAUGUCUAUAUGGGCUGCUAUCACCAUUGAGUGAGCAUUUUGGCAUAUCUUAAUUAUAUGUUUUAUAUUAUGCAAGUUGCAAAUUCAUUCAGUGUUAAUUAUAAAAAUACCACCAUAUAUAGUAUUUGCAUCAAUAGUUUUUAUGCAAUAGUUCAGACAAUCCUUCAAACUAAUACUAAACCAAUCACUAACGCUGAUAACUAACCUGAAACCUCGCCCUAACCCAAUGCUAACCCAAAUUGGUAAAAACUUGUGAAAACUAGGAAGAAAAAAAAGUGUAAAAAAAUUAACAAAUAAUAGUGCAAGCAGGACUUGAUCCAGAAGCUAGAGCAUACAACAGGGUUGCUUAAACCACUCAACUACCAAGGACUUGCUCAAAAUCCAAUGAAAUUUUUGUGGUCUCAUUUUAACCAGUUUACAGAAUGAGGAAAUUGUCGUACCUGUAUCUAAUUCCUGAUGUGAGAACAUCACAAUUUGUAGUAAUUGAUGGUUGGGGCAUCACCAUCUCCAAAUAUAAAUUAAUUCCCACACCAUGCUGCAGUAACAAGCACAUGUAUACAACAUUAAGAAUGAUAAUCCAUCCCAACAUUUCCAAAAAGAGGGGGCAACCAUUAUAUGGAUAAUGUUAGAAAUGUCCAAAAACUGGGGAAUAUGCCCCCCCCCCCCAGGAUUGAUGCCCUUGCACAAUAAAUAUAUAUGAUUGUAAAAAAUGAGACAUUUGAUAAGUGUGAUUUCAGUUUGUCUCAAAACUAUGGCUGCAGAAGUUAUGCAGCCAUGAAACAACGCUGCCUCCAUAGUAUACAAGGCUCUAUCCAAAUUCAAAACUUUAAAACUUAGUCGAAUUAAGGAGUUACAGGCCAACUACAAAAAUCCUGUGAAGGCAGUGGAACUCAGGCCUCGAAUUUCCCUGAAAUCAAUCGACGGCAAUGACGUUAAAAAUUGCCAUAGAACGUAACAGCUGUCUAUGGCAAUUUUGGCAGUUUCCACGACAUUUUUUCCAAUUACUGUAACAAAAAUGUAAUUUUAUUGUUAAUAUAGCAAUUUAGUGAAUACUAUUUUACUAUACGGCAAAAAAUUGCCGUCGUUUCCGCAAUGAUCCACGGCAUUUUGUACUCCCUCUACGGCAAUUGCCGCGAUAAAAUUCGAGCCCUGGUGGAACUACCUUGCUAAACUUACAGUUACUGGCUAACAACUCCAAUAAUCAUUUGGAGCCAGUUAUUAUAUCAAAGCCUGGAGUUAACGGCUACGCUGGUAUCAACUAAGUUCCAUUCAAAGGUUGGCUCCCUUCACAAAAAUAAAAUCUACAGGCAUGCUGUAAACAAAACAGAAGAACCAAAGUUAAGCUUUUCACGAACAAAAAAAUCAAUGACUUCAAUUUCAGUUCAGUCUGGUUUAAUACCUGCAUUUCAUCACAUAUAAAAAUAAAAAGAGAUAUGUUUAACACUUGGCACUUGCAGAGGUAAUUUUAAUUACAAAUCAUUGUGAAUAAAAAUUUUUGAGGACUGAAAGAAAACACAUGCUGUACCUGUAACCGUUUUUGCUGAAUAAUAUAAGUGGGAAUCAAGUAAUAAAAUGUCCAAAGCGUCUCUUUUUGCCUGCAAAAGCUAUUUAGCAAUUGCCUGGUUAAUCCAUUGAUUACCAAGAGCUGGAUGUAACAGCUAGACUAGAGAGAAAAAUUCACCAGGAAUGGGAACGUUGCUUACCAAGAUAAACAUCAAGACAAUAAGUAAUUAUGAAAACAACCUUUGCCAGAAAGUUUGUGCCAGCAAAUGUAAUGUAUUGGACAGUGAAAUUUCAAUUCAAUAAAGAGGAAAGGCCUAAUCUACUUUCAAAUGAAUGAAAUGCCAAUGAUUUGAAGAGAAGAUAGAUGCCAAACUCCAAAGCAGUUUCAUUCAAGGUAAGAAUAAUUAUCACUACUUCAACAUGAAUUCAUUGAGAUGCAAUUGUUUUUGUGUAUAUUUUCACAUUUCAGACUAUUUUUUUGUAUUUUUUUUAGGAUUCACUUUCUGGCAUUAAAUACAGAUAGUAGACCACUGUUGAAAGAGAUGAGCAGUGCUGUUGAAUUAGAUGACUGGAUAAUUAUGUUCAGCACUAUAUUCGGGAUUUGAAAUGGCCUUAAACUCUUUGAAAUCCCUUGCACAAUUGAUGUUUUGACUUUUGUUAUAAGGUGGAAAGAAUAGUGGGGGGAAACAAUAGAUACUGAAGUGCCUGGGAGCAGUUUCUAUAAUAGUAAAUCUCAUCAAUUGAGAACAUUAGACAAGUAGUUCUCAUCUAUUGACAAUCAACACAAUCUAGUUCAUGCACAGUUGACUACAAUUUAACUACCAAACAUAGUUGAACUGUGCACAGGUUACACAAUUACUGACCCCCAAUUGCUUAUAUCAUAGUCAUGUAAUGGCAUUUUAUGGCCUGCUACAACUAAGCAAACAAAAAAAAUAAACAUGAUUCCAAACCACUUGCAUUGAUAAAAGCUCAAGGUGUUUUUCACCUUCCUAGUAAAUCUUCAAAUCGUGUCUAAUUUUCAAACAUAGCUUUUAACAUUACAUGUCAACUAAAGUUAUUAUCUUUGUAUUAACAGGAAUACAGUAUUGUUAUUUGAACUGCAAAACACUGACAUAUAGAAACUACAGUUUUGUGUUGUGCAGAUAAAGGAAGUGGAAAACAGGUGAAAAAGUGAUUGCCUAUUGUGGUUUCUUUUCAUGUUUUAACACUAGGUUUAUUCUAAAGGUAUUAUUUUUGUAAUUACAGGAUAAAAAUUCCGUUUGAAGAGUGGCAUACUUGCACUGAAGUUUUGUAUUGUGCAGAUAAAAGACGCAGAAAACAGGUAGCCUGGUAGGUAUGAAUGAUGAUUUGCUAUAUCUAUUACAAUUUGGCAACUGCUACCACACACAUAAAAAUGCACACGUUACAGAUCUGCAAAAAAAGUUGUUGUCAAGCUGAAAUCAGGGAGUGUUCCCACCGCUUGUUCUCCGUUGUUGUGACAAGUCUGGAACAAGUUGUUAUCACCUUAUUAAAGGUUGUGGACGGUAACAGACUUGCUACAAAUUGUUCCAACAGGACCAAAACAGGCUGUUCGUAAGAAAUUACUACAAGCUGGUUGUGAUCAGAUUGUUAAGUCUGUUGGCCUCAUCAACCUUGUUACAAGAUGAUAGCAACUUGUUCCAGACUUGUCAUCAGUGUAAACACAUCUUUUUGACAAGCUGUGAAACUUUUAUGCUUUCCUUCUGUAUUAACACUAGCGCCCGUAUUCUAAAAGCUCACUCACACUCAAUGAGUGCAAGUUCAAUCUGAGUUUCUCUUGAGUGUCAUUGCUGUUUUUGAAUAACUGAAGGGUGAGUAGUCGCAUAUUAAGGUACGACACUAACCCUCCAGCUAUUCAAAAACAGCAAUGACACUCGAGAGAAGCUCAGAUUGAACUUCCACUCAUUGAGUGUGAGUGAGCUUUUAGAAUACGGGAGUAAGUCAAUAAGGAUAGUUCUCAUGAGUGAACCUUUUUGGUGUAUACAGUAGAACUGAUUAAGCUAUCCGCUAUAAACGGUGGUAGUUAACAUACUUUGACGUUUUGUAUAGUUGUAAAGCGAGAUGAGAAAAAGUCGUAUAUCGUUCAAUAUCAGCAAGAAACGGGGCAAAAAUGAAGGGGGUGAAUCAAAUAUGGCGGACCCUUCGCCAACUGGAAGUCAGCAGUCAACUUUGAAAUUGUCAUCCUAUUAUGCAUGCCGUUUCUGCUGCAAGCGUUUUAAAUCAGAACUAAGUUAUGAGACGCAUAGCAAGACAAAGAAACAUGGCAAGGCCGUCAAAGCUGGUACGGAAUUUGAAUUGAAAAAAAGUCGCACUUGUGCUGGAUGCAAGCAGGAUUUUGAAACAAGGCUGCAGUUGACGCAACAUUGUAAGAAGAACAGUCAUAUGCCAUUGGUGCAGAAAACUAGCCUGAAGAAUCCAGUUUACGGGAAACCGUACACCGAAGCGGAACAGGAAGAUCCGUUUGUGAGCAUCAAGUAUUAUUCUCCCUACUAUUGCGAGCUCUGUGAUUUGGAUUGCGUCAAUGUUCAACAUUACGAAGAUCACACGAAAGGCGAGCGUCACGAGAAAGCGGUUGAGAAGCGAGCCGAACAAGGAAAAGGCGUGUUGGUCGACUUGGAUACGAACGAGGUGGAUACUAGUAAUGACUAUCUGGUGAUUAUGAAUAAAGUGGAGCCGGUGACCGAGAGGGUGUCUGCAUACUACUGUGGGAUUUGUGAUAUGGACUGCCGCUCAGAGGUAAUAAUAACACUUGUAAUAAUGCCUUAAUUGUCAUCAUUUGCAACUACACUUGCCCCAUGACGAUGUCCUUGGCCUAAAAAGAUCUAUAGCAGUCCUUCUCUAUUAGCCUGUGGACUGCUAUAGCUAUUUUUCUGACUGUCUUGAUGUCCUUACCUUGUGUGGUUGUAUGGCCCCAGGACACCGUCGUGUCUGAAAUGGAUAAUGAGAGGUUGACAUUUGACUACACUACCGCAACCGUUAAGGGACCAUUAACCAAUCAGAUGUGUUUCAUAUAUCCAAUGACCAAACAGAUGCGGACUAAACCAGUGAGAGGUAGUAACAUAGUUAGAGAGUAAAAUAAUGCCUGUCGUUAUCAACCCGCACAAUUAAGGUGACCUUCGAGUAGUUGGGAUUGCUCAAUAAUGUUGCGAUUUAUAAUGGGUGAAUAAAUUCUUCAUCUCAUCCUACUCAUUCUAUUCUAGAUUGCCUAUACAGAACAUGUGACCAGUAAAGACCAUCAAGUCCGUAUGGAAGGCCAUGGUCAACUUAAGAUAUCUUGUGACCUGUGCUGUAUGACUUUUAACAGCGAGAACAACCACAAGAUGCAUUUGAAGAGCAAGAAGCAUGCUAAUAACCUAGCUGCACGGCAAAGGCUUUUACCCCUUGAGACAGAUCCGGAAAAAGAGAGUGUCCAAGAUCUGCGAGAUAAGAUUAAGAGGACCAUCUCUCCUCCACUUGAAAAUUUUGAUAAAAUUAAAGUGAACAUCGCUGGCGACUCGGCUGAUGAUGCCAAUACUCGUUCUGUGGUGGUGGAUAUUCAAGCAGAUGAGGAGGACGCCAUGGAAAUGGGCAUGCCAAGGGUAAGCAUGGAUAACCACCACUGAGAUAAGCCUACUACUGAAGGUUGAGGGUAGAUUCUGUUACUUAUUGGCUCUGACUUGAUGGGUUUGAAAACUCACGUAAGUUACGGUUGGUUCCUGUCCUUCGAGGAUUUUUCUUUGAGUACUCUUGUUUUCUUCUUUACUCAUAAAAACUAACCCUUCCACCUUAACCUCCAACGUCCAACUCGUAACGUUUGAACCGCGGCGUUCAUAAUUUAGCUCUCAAGGGAAGAUUAUUAAUCCCCCUAAUAAAAUUUAUUCGUUGUAAAAAAAACUGUAGCAGACUUAGUUGCCGCAAUGCUCAACAACUUUAGGACAGUAGUAAUACCCUGCCAGUUGUCUCUAUACAUUAUCUGUGUCAUAUUUCCUAGUAGUUUUGUGAAUAUCUACGCUGGCAAAGCAAAUAAAUAAACUCGUAAUCAAGACGCGUUUACAAUACUUGCUCCCAGCUUGUUGGAGCAGACAUCUAGCAAUUUCGAGGUAUAUAGUAUGUUCCCAACAAGUUGUGAUAACUUUGCAUGCAACAACAACCUUCUUAACUUAACACCUUAUCGAAAGGACGUGUGAUUUUUACACGUGUUCCUUUAUCUUUUAGGUCACAUUGGAUAAGAAAGAGAAGAAAGAACUUGAGAGAAAACUCAAAGAAGAUGAAGAAGAACGUGGAAAAUGGGCGAAACGACGGGAGGAAGAAUAUGGCAAGAAAAGAGCGGAGAUUUUGAAAGUUUCAAAAUGGGAUCCCAAGGUUUCUCCUACUGAAACGAAAGGUCGCGGGCGAGGGCAACCAACUGAUACUCGUGGGCGAGGGAGAGGAAAAGGCCAGGUUGCUUUCAAUGAUAAGUAUAAGUGGGUAGCACCUGGUUUGAAGAAUCAAGGUGAGAAAUCUGAUAGCAUCACCCCCCGAGAGAGGUACUCUAAGGAUGAUAAAGAUAGGUAUUCUAAAGAUGAAUCAGGGGGGAGAUAUUCAAAAGAGGGGCCAAAGGAAAGAUACUCGAAGGAAUGGUCCAAAGAUCAUGGCUCGCGGGAGCGGUACCCAAGAGAUGACUCGAAGAGCGAUAAACGAGACAAGAGGGAUGGCAAGUCCGACCGUCGCCGGAAAACGUACGACGACGAUAAAUACACCAGUGAUUCCGACAACGAGCGAGUUAUUUUGAAGAAAGGUGAACUGAAAACAAUGGAUGAUGAUAAUGAUGACCUGAGGAAAGUUAUUAACAAACAGCGAGGAAUUGUCGAGAAAGACGAUGGAAAAUCUCUUGUUUUUGACUAUGGUCAUCAGAGUGUAGAGAAUGCAAGUGACGAGAGAGCAAAGUUGAAGGGCUUCUUCGGUGGAGCGUUUGCUCAUCUUCGAGAGGAUGGUGGUCCAAGUGAAGAUGCGAAGGAGGUUGAUAAUUAUAGCGGUAGCAAGAUGGAGGAAAUCAAAGAACCAGAGAAGGAUGCUGGUAAAGACAUGGAGCGGACACUCCUGCUUGAGUUAUUGAAACGUCAGUUUCCUGAUAUUCGGUAUCUUACUGAGAGACAAGGUGGCUUGGAAUUGAUGCAGAAGAUCUUUGGUGCACAGGGUAUGAGUGGUUUGGCAGGCCUUGAUCUUGAGGGAACAGGUUCCGUAGCCAGUGCUAGGAGUAUUGCUAGUGAUGAGGGUAGUGUGAAGAGCCAGCCGUUUAAGCAGGAGGGAAAUUUGGUGACGCUGGUUUCUGAGGAAGUAGCACCGGCUGAAGAAAAGAAAGUGGAAGCAAAGUCUGCAUCGCCAGAGAAGCGCGAGUCCAGAAGAGAUCGAAGAAGUCGAAGUAAAAGUCGAGAGAGGUAUACUUCUAUAUUUUUAUAGUAAUGCAUCUUUGUUCUGGCAUUUACUAUGUGAACAGCUUAUUCUAUGUUAGGCUCUUUCUGACUUUUUGAUUUAUUCAACUUCUAAAUUUACAUUGCGACAAAGUACUCGUUAAUACAAUAAAUAAUGACUGGAGUGAUGUAAAUUUAACUAUUUAAGGUCAGUUUUUGAACUGUCGAGGUAUUGGUGAGUCGAGGUAUUGGUGAUGUAUUCAUAUGUUAAACUUAACUGAACUUCUAAACCUGCUUUAUUUAUACUGAAUAGUUUAUCAGUUCUAAACUGGUCUUCGUUAUAAGGAAAAUUGGUCCAGUGUGACAACAAAAGGAAUCGGAGUAUUCAGUUAAAAAAUCACUUGGUGUUUGCAGCACCCUACGGUGCGUACUUUUUACAUGUGAAGGAGAUAAAAAAUAAUCAGACAACUGCAUGUUACGGGAAUCGUACACGGUUACUGAGGUGAGACUCCGUGAAAGGCAUAUAUGCACUAACUGCUAUUCUAAGAGGAGAUGGCAUUUAUAUAUUCGUAUAUCUCAGGAUUAAUAUUUGAAUAUGAUCAAAUUUAUUUCCAUAGGCGAAGAAGAAGCCGAAGUCGGAGUGAUAGCAGAAGUCGGAGUGGCAGAAAGAAGAGCAGAUACAGUUCCAGGAAACGAUCAAGAAGUUCAUCCCAGGACAGAUAUAGCAAGAGAUCUAGGCGUACACCAAGUCCAGAUAAGCGCAAAAAGGAUGAAAGGGUUGACAAAAGUUCAGAUGAGAAAGAUAAGAGCAAAACUAGCGAGAAAGAUAAAAAAGAAAGCUUGGUUUCACAAGCUAAGGCCAAGAGUAAAGACGCGAAAGACAAGGCAUUGGCUAAGUGGACGGUCUCGAAUUGGUCUGGAGGCAACGAGGAAGGCGGCAAGGACAGUGGCGAGAGAGGCGAACGAAAGAAAGCGAGUGAGAAAGAGUCUAAAAGGAGUGAUAGAAAAGAUGAUAAAAGGCACAAGGAGAAGGAAGGAGCGAAAGCUGGAACAAAGGAAGAUGAUUCACGGAAGGCAAAACGUAAAGAAGAACCAAAGACUGAUCGGGAAGAGGACAAGAAACGACAAAGAACAAACAGCGAAGGAGAUAAAAUAUUUGAAGAUGCAAGUGACUAUGAAGACAUAGAUCUUGAGACGAAUGUUGAUCUUGAGACGAAAGUUGAUCUUAAGGAACAAUUUGAAAAUGAUUACGAAAAUGGAGGAGAACAGCGCCGUUCCGAAGCAGAAGAUAAACGUCGUCCUGAUGGGGAAGAAAAGCGUCGGUCAGAUUCCAGUAGUCGUAAAGCAAGAGGAGGACAGGGAAAUUCAAAGUCGACAGAAGAAUCGGAGGGCAGAACAGAUCAGAAAAGAAGGGAAACGGAAGGUAGAGGUGAUGAGAAGAGAAGAGAUUCGGAAGGUAGAGAUGAGAAACGGAGAAAGAAGUCGUAUGAUCGUUAUAAUUACGACGACAGAUUCAACAAUGACAGCGAAGAUGAAAUGGAUGAAUUGCAGAAAGAUCUUCUUGCUAAUCUGGCCAGAGUUGAAAACUUGGGUCGUGUUCUUCCACCAGUUGGGCCACCAUUCCCUAUGGGAGGUGGGCCAUUCAUGCCUCCGUUGUCUGGCCCCCCACUAUCCGGUCCUCCGAUAUCUGUCCCUCCACCACCACUUGGGUUACUCCCCCCAGUAGGUGGGCCGUAUCCACCACAACCAGGUUUAGGACCAGUUAUGCUUCCUGCCCCUCCUGAUCUUGGAGACCCCACGAUACCCGUGAACCCAAAUUCAGCCUUGACGUACAUCCAGCCAACUGAAGAACACAACCCUGUCCCCUGGGGAUCUUCGUCAACUGAUCGGGCAUUGAAAUCCUUACUAAGCCAAGUCAGUGCUCUUGGAGCUGGGGGGAAAACAAUAUCAACCUCAUCCGUUCUAAGACCAAUAAUUUCGACGAGAUCUGAAAGUCCAAAAUCUUCUUCAGAGCUUCAUAGACUUGGGGAAGUGUACAGCGACGAUUUCGAAGCUUCAGACGAUGGAGAUGACUCCGGUUCGAAGCCGCUGAAGUCUAUCCUAAAGAAGAAAUCUAAAUUUUCGGUCGGACAAGGUAGCGAACAAGCGUCGAGCGGACUACCAAAGAAUGCAGUCGGAGCAGAGUAUGUUGUGAGUACAGGCGAACAAGCGAAAUAUUUUUGUCAACUUUGUGAUGUGCAGUUCGCCACGUUGUCUGCGAAGAACCUACAUCUCCGUGGACCAAAGCAUUUGGCAAUGUUUAUGAAACAUAAAUCUCCUUUGAUUGAUGAGAUGAUAAAACAAGCGAUGGGCGUAGUGGUUGGAAAUAGAGAGGAAAAGAAUGAAGCACAGGAGGACAGCGAUGAGGAAAAAGAAGUUAAAUCUGAGAUGGCGAAGAAUACAAAAGAACCGAGGGAGUCGAGCCAUAGUCCGCUACCGAAGCGUAGUCCAUCUCCUGAGCCGAUGAAAGAAAGUUUAGAAAAGGAAAGAAGCAUCUCGCCUUAUGACAGUCGCGAACCGCGAUUGUUUGUUGACGAAAGAACGGGCAGAAUUGUCCAAGCUGGUGGAUAUUACAGCGAGGGAAAAGCCGGAAGAAGUGAGAGUAGUAGGGUAUCCAGAGAAGAUCCACAGGCAUCUAGAGAGGAUACUCAAGUACCUAGAGAGGAUCAAUCUACAUCAAGUAAAAGUUCGGAAAGUGGUCCAUCCGGAAAGUUAGAGUUGGGUGCAGUUCCAACACCAGAUGAGUACGACCGACUCUCUCAAAGGGCAAAAGAUGUUUUGUCACGAGAAGAGUACGCUCAGCUUCCACCCAGCACAAGGAAGUUGUUGUUACUGGAAACUAGUGAUCAAUCUGCAGCAAAGGAACAAAGGCAAACUGGUAGAGCAAAAGAAAGUGAUGGGAUUGGUGGUAGCAUACCAAGAGACCAACCUUUGACUACAAGGGAGUAUCAGAAGCUUGAUGAUGUUAGGUCAACUGAGCAAGCACCACCUGCAAGUACAAUCAAGGACUAUGAAGAUCUUUCGGUAAGAGCAAGAUCGCUGUUGACUCGAGAAGAGUACGAGAGACUACCAACGCGAGACAAAGAAUAUCUUUCAAGGGAAGAAUAUCUUACUAGGGAGGAUUACGAUAAACAAACUGCAAGAGAAGCGGCACCGUUGUCCAGAGAUGAGUACGAGGUGAGAACGAUUUAACGUAAAUCUCUAUUUAACCCUCCCCACACACACACACACACCUUCAGAUAAGUCUUCCUCUCUAAUACAUCCAGUCAUGAUUUAGGGCAGACAAUAGAGAGUGAGGUUUAAAUGACAAGAAAGCACAAUAAAAUACAAAAUGAUAGAAUUGAAUAGAAUACAAAAGUGUUCAAUAGUAAUUCCCUUAAAUUGCGAUUCGUGCCAACUUAUGAUCCAUGCAUUAUUACCGUGUGAUGAAUGCCAACUUAUGAUCCAUGCAUCAUUACCGUGUGAUGAAUGCCAACUUAUGAUCCAUGCAUUAUUACCGUGUGAUGAAUGCGACAUUGAGGAAGUGUUUACCAGUUUAGCAAUCUCGUUCCCAGAUGAAUGCGACAUUGAGGAAGUGUUUACCAGUUUAGCAAUCUCGUUCCCAGAGCAUGCCCGUUCGCAGGUUAUGCCCAAACCUGCGAACGGGCAUGCUAUGGGAACGAGAUUGUCAGUUUAGCUGUUCUCUAGUCUCAACAUUAUAACCUUGUUUUGUAGGCGGUCGCACGCGAGAGAGAACGGUUGACUGCAAGGGAUAUGGUGUCAAGGGAAUCCUAUGAACGGUUGGAUCGGGAGAGACUCGCAGAUCUGGAUAGACUUGUUGACCGGGACAGAUUGCCUCUAGCAGACCGUGACAGAUUGGCACUGACAGAACGCGAGAGACUUGCACUAGCGGACCGAGACAGACUGGUGGGCCUAGCUGACCGAGAUAGGCUUGGACUUGCAGACCGGGAUAGAUUGUCACUCGCGGAACGUGAUAGGUUGGCUCUCGCUGAUCGUGACAGACUAGCAGCACUGGCUGAUCGCGACAGACUGAUAGAACGUGAUAGACUUACACAACGAGAUUAUUAUGACAGAUAUCCACCAAGAGAUGAGCUGCCAUGUAAGUACGAUGUAAUUCUAGAUAUGUAAAGCAUAGUUGCUUGUAUUUGAUGCAACACCAUAGAUUUCACUUGUUCCACCAUUCAUUUUGCAUGUUCACCGGUGCAGAAAUUUUCUUGCAGGGAAUAGUUGUCAUCUUAAUUUAUAUAUUGUUUACAAAAAGCAUUUUGCAAGUCGAGACUGUCUUCUGCCGAGAUUGAACUUUAUCACACUGUGUGGCAUCAUACGUUCUCUGAAAUCUAUCCAUGCAUGAGGAAGUUUUGUAUUUGACUUACGCUGGAAAUUGCUGUCAGGAAGAGAAAUAUAUUUUCUAGGACUCCAUGUUGACUUAAUCACAUACUGCCAUUAUAUUACCCUGGGUGCCGGCGCCGCCUGUGACAGAAGUGAGGACACGACGAGACUCUGGUCACACGAGUAUAUUGAACUCACCAAAGUGAGACUGGAUGCUCGUGUGACCAGAGCCUCCUCGUCGUGUCCUCACUUCUGUUACAGGAGGCUCUGGCACCCAGGGUACCAUUAUAUCGGCAUUGAAUACAACACAAUUUUCUCGAUAUUUCUUGCUAUGCUCAAAGUUCCAAUGGCAAUAGCCGUAUUUCUGUAUUUUGUACUGGAUCUUUAGCCAUGUUGAUGUUGGAAAUACAAUCAAAUUUAAUUUCCACUUGAUAGUACCAUCUGCUCUGUCUGAAAUUAUAACCCAAUAACCGUAUAUCACAGGUAUGAAUAUUGGUAGCAGACAUGUAAGGCAACAUCUCUUAGUUGUGUGUUCUCCCAAAAAUUAGCAGAGAUUGCGAGGAUAAGUGGGUUUUAUUCCCGGGUUAAGCUUGUAGACAAUCUGUAAAUUGGACAACGUUUGACUUCAUGAUUUUACCUGAAAUUAUGCGAGCUUUUCAAUUUGUUAUUACUUGUCUCUGACUAUUUUUCGACGUUAUAUAUAACAUAAAGAUGUCAGAAGAUUUUGAGGCUAACUAUGGCUUUUAUACAUGUGUUAUUCCUAGAUCGACCUGGAGCAGAUGAUUAUGCACGAGAACGAGGUAGACCAAUGGUGCGGGAAGAGUAUAGCAAAUACAUUGGACCCUUGGAUGACGACUUAGCCCAACGUAGGGACGACUAUGCCAGGCAGCGCAUGCGUGAAGAGGACGACCGUCCAUUACCCAGAGAAGGAUACAGAGAACCAGAUUACCGAAGAGAUCCGAGAGACGUACCCCCCGGGAGAGAUCCAAGGGAUGAGAGACCUCCCCCCGGAAGAGACUACAGAGAUUUGGAAAGGUCACGUGAGACGUAUGGCGAUCCACGAUCACGUGAUAUACGCGUGGUCUCUGACAGAGGUGGCCCAAGUGGUUAUGAUGAAAGAAGAAUGAGCCCUCCAAGGGACUGGCCCCGUGGAGCGGAGAGUAAGGGGCCAGACCCCAGGGAGGCACCCAUAAGCGGUGGGGAGACACGUGCCCCUGAAGGAGAUAGAAGACCUGAUGAGACGGCACAGAAAGGAGUGGAAAAUGCUGGAAGGUAAAACAGAAUUUUUUUAAUUUUCAUGUUUGAUAAACUAUAACCAAGUUCCCAACACCCUUACGUUGCCAACAUUAAUUGAUAUCGUUCAAGAAGUUCUACGUGACGUAAGAUAAAGUACUCGCCGUAAAUCUAUGAUAAGCAAAAUAUUAUACAUUUUGCAUUUAUACAAAUGACCAUUCUGUUUGUUAGUAGCUUGUGCGAAAUAGUUGACGGCAAUAUGUGCCGGAAAGGUACAUUGGAAUUUGUAAGACGAAGAAGGAUAAUAAAGAACUGUAUUCCGCUUGUUCUCCAAGGGAAGUGAAAGAGGCGCUCAGCUGCAAGAUAGCUUCUAUUCACUAUUGUAUUUACGGAGUAGAAAGGGUCGCCACCAACCUAUGUUGAACGGGAUUUGUGAUUGGUUGUUCAUAACAAUAAAAGACAUUGAACUAUAGAAAUUAUCUUUCUGAAGAACGAUUUUAUGUUGUUAUUUACUCAGUAGAAAGGUCAGUAAUUGCCACUAAUACAAUUUUAAAAUUUCUAGACUUGGCACAUACGAAGCUCGACCAGCCGCAGAUCGUCGCGAGGUAACAGACACUCAUACUUACCGUGAUGACGAAAGCGAUCAAAGGUAUCACGGGCGCGAAACAGGCCCGGAUCAAUACGAUGCCCAUGGUUAUGAUUCAGCCCGACGUGGCGGUCCUGGUGGAUCCCGAGGACACAGGGGACGCGGUGGUGGUAAUCGUGGUGGCCAGAGGGGACAUCCUAGGAAUGCUGGGUACAAUAGAGGACAGCCCAGGCGCGGUGGUCAAGGACGUUACUAACAGGUUAGGAUUGAAAGUUUUUUUAAGGCGCCGUUCUUGACGGGCUAAAAAUGCCCUCAAAUUUGCCUGUGUCGUUCACAUUGGUACGAAUUCCCGUGAUGAUCUCUCAAAAAGAUGAUCUCUCAAACAUGGGGUCUAGUGUAGGUAGUACUCUACACUAUACAGUAACAUGGUUUGAGUCUGAACUACCCGAGGGCCCAAGGCCGCUUGAAACAGUCGAAGUAUUCCUAAUCCUUUUCAGGUAGUUCACACACAAACCACGGUUAGUUUUAAAGCCUAUUAUGCUAUAAGAAGCAACUACUAUAUACUAGGAGAUAUGCACUGUGACAAUAGUCUUUUGUUUAUUUUGUAGGUGGCAAGUGAUGUGCCUUGGUUUUAAUGUUUUUGUCCAGAUAUAUAUAUAUAUAUGAACUUUAUGAAGACUAAAACCCCAAAGGAACAUUUUGGGAACUUUACUAUCUUAUAACUAGUAUUUGAAUAACGUUUAGUUUUCGUUUUGCAACAGUAUAUACCAGGCCGAAUAGUUGCACUAUAGCUUUGGUCGAUUUUUUCGCGAUUUGAAGAAAAUUAUUUCAAUGUUUUACUGAAUGCCACCUUGCAAAUUGUGAGCUAACCAAGGGGUUGUUCCUGCCUUUUGUGUGUAGAAAUAAGAAAUUUUAUAUUGAAAUUUAUACUGCAUUUGGCUUUGGAUUCAUUUUUGUGAAAUAAACAUCUUGCUAAGAGCUCAAAAUCUUUUGGACCAAGGGGAGCGGUUAGCAGUUGACAAUUGCAACUAUACUAUUACUGGUAUAUACAGUAUAGAGUUUUAUGUUUGUUAUAGUUGAUUUUCGAGUUUUUAGUGAACUCGACUUUUUAGCUUACAAGUUAUACCUACAUCUAGAACCAAUGAUAGGUUGAGCUAUGAAGGUGAUAGUGUUAGGGUGGCGUGUUUGUCCUUUAUGUGUACUUGUAUAACUAUACGUAAUUUGUAGAGCAGUUAUGGUAGAGUGUACACAAUUGUACAUUACAGUUGGAAGUAAACUUUUAUUCCAAAAAUAUUGUCGCGUUUUGUUUUUCCUGGGGGAGGGUUCCAGGACUGGAAAAAAUAGCGAACCGUGGCUCCCUGAAAAUUUGUUGAGCAGAAAGAAAAUAAAAAUAUCAACGUAAAAAUGAAAUCAAAAGAAAUAAAACUACAGUGAGCAGAUGCAGAUUAACUAUAUAUCCUCAGUCUCUUAAUCAGCUAGCUCAACAGCGAACUCGUUGAACCACCAAAGUUAAUAAAAUAUUAACUCCAUUCCAACUGCAGUGCACCAACCAUACACUAGAAUGCAUGCUAAUCUUACACAGUAAACAUAAACGCAAUUUCAGCAGUAAAUUGUUGCUAUGAUCCACCCGAAUAUUCCAUUAUUUGUCACAGUAAUACAGUUAUAUAAGAGCCGUUAAAACAGAAAAACUUUCAUGUUCCCCAACAUGCGGUCCCAGAAAAUAAAAAAUUCUUUCCACCCUUUUGAGGCUUUGGUACUGAGGGUUGAGGAUUUGGUACUUCAGCUUUGCGCAACAAAAGAUAACAUAGUCUUUGGUGGCGCAUGUUGUUGAGAGCUGUUGCCAAAUUGUUUUUAUUCGUUGCAGCCACAUUCGUAGUGAAUGAAUAUGCAAAAAGAGGUUGAAUUGGCUUUUCUUCUUCAUAAUGCACCUGCAGAAUUAAACAAGUGGCGAGUGAUGUAACGAAAAGUCUUCGUAAUACGAGGAAAAAACUUCAAAAGUGGUUUCAUGAUCAAACAGUUGCAACUAACUCUCACUACUGGUUCCUUGUGAUACUUCACUUGCAAAAAUAUAUUUUUUAUUGGUAGUAGCCAAGUUUGUUUUCAAAUGACCAUCGGUAUUGCGUUUCCAUUUCAUAGCAACGGAAUUCCAAUGUAUCAUCAGAAAAGACGAUUUCGUAGGACGAUACUUGAUCCAGGAUGAUGCUUGUUAAGUCUCUCAUUGUUUUUGGAUUAGGCUUGCAUUACUGGACCAAACAAGGCAGAGCAAAUAGUGGUGAUAUCUGGUGCAAAAAUGUUGUAAUAACCAUGGUGGACAAUUAAUUAGUCGUAUUUAUAAUCCAUGCAAUCAACCAAUGUCGGUUAUACUUCAUAGUAUGCGAAAGGUGAUUUCCUUCGGUUCAUCUCUGGAUGGGAAAACGGCGAAAACCAUUUUAUUGAAAAGUGUCCUCCAAAAACGUCUCGGAGGUUUUCAUACCUAAAACAUUUCAAAAUAGAAAGAUUGAUGCUGCACUGUGGCUCUGAAGAUUGAUUAUUUAUGUGAUAAUAAUAUUUAUUUAUACUUACAAAGAUUUAUCCUCCUCUUCUUUAUCUACUUUCUCUUUUUUCAAAUUCUCAAUGCCCUAAAUAAAUAAAAUGGUCAGAUUAACCA